GGGCAUCUUGUGGCUCAGGAGUAGCUCUCUGCUGUCUUCCGAGAUCUGCUGACAAUACUUGAGAUUUUCAGAUGUCACCAACCACCAAGAGAGCUUGAUAUGACUGUAUAUAUUAUUGUCAUAAAGAACCUGAACUUGACCAUAUACUUCUGCCAUGUGGAAAAUUUCUCAUAGCUCCAGGUAGAUUGUAUCUGGGGUGAAGAAUCCUGCCAGCUAUGUACCUGGCAUAGUGUGAGUCCUCAUAAAUGCGUACUGGUCUGAAGGGCCACAAAAUAGUGAACAGUGAAAAUUCCCACUAAGAUCCUGAGUCCAGAAAAAGAUGGGAAACCUGGUUAGCUCACCCACAAGCGUAUAGUUAAAACUCUUUAGACAACAGGUUGUUUUCGUUUACGGAGUAAUAUUGGGUGAUGAGUUCAUGUGUAUGGGGAGUGGGAUAGGGGAUAUGGGGAGAGUGGAGAAAAAGGGGGCACAGGGUUAAUAUGAAGUCCAGGAUCCCCCUCUACAUUUAAAGUUGGUUUAAGUUGGCUUCAAUUGAUGGCAACUCUUAAGAUAAUCAGAAUUUUCUUACCUUUUUAGUUUUACUGUUGAAAAGCCCUGUGAUCUUGUACAAAUCAUUUGCUUCUUGGAUAGUAAUUUCUUUUACUCAAAUGUAGGCUUUUGACUAGAUGCAUGUAAAUGUUCUUCUAGCUCUAAUAUCCUUUAUCCUUUAUAUUUUCUAACAGAUUCUGUGUAGUUGGAUGAGCAAAGAACAAAAACAAAAUAAUCCAGUGAGGAAAGCCCAUGAAUAAACUUUCAGACCCGAGAUCUACUCUCUAGCCUAUUUUAAGCUCAACUUGAAAAGAAGAACUGUUCUCUGAUUCUUUUCGCCUUCAAUACUCAAUUAUUUAACUCCGCCCUCCUUCAAAAGAAACAGCAUUUCCUACAUUUAUACUGUCUAUAUGAUUGAUUUGCACAACUCAUCUGCCAGAAGAGCUGCGACAUCCGUUCCCCUACAAGAAACUCUCCCCGGGUGGAACAAGAUGGAUUAUCAAGUGUCAAGUCCAACCUAUGACAUCGAUUAUUAUACAUCGGAGCCCUGCCAAAAAAUCAACGUGAAGCAAAUCGCAGCCCGCCUCCUGCCUCCGCUCUACUCACUGGUGUUCAUCUUUGGUUUUGUGGGCAACAUACUGGUCGUCCUCAUCCUGAUAAACUGCAAAAGGCUGAAAAGCAUGACUGACAUCUACCUGCUCAACCUGGCCAUCUCUGACCUGCUUUUCCUUCUUACUGUCCCCUUCUGGGCUCACUAUGCUGCUGCCCAGUGGGACUUUGGAAAUACAAUGUGUCAACUCUUGACAGGGCUCUAUUUUAUAGGCUUCUUCUCUGGAAUCUUCUUCAUCAUCCUCCUGACAAUCGAUAGGUACCUGGCUAUCGUCCAUGCUGUGUUUGCUUUAAAAGCCAGGACAGUCACCUUUGGGGUGGUGACAAGUGUGAUCACUUGGGUGGUGGCUGUGUUUGCCUCUCUCCCAGGAAUCAUCUUUACCAGAUCUCAGAGAGAAGGUCUUCAUUACACCUGCAGCUCUCAUUUUCCAUACAGUCAGUAUCAAUUCUGGAAGAAUUUCCAGACAUUAAAGAUAGUCAUCUUGGGGCUGGUCCUGCCGCUGCUUGUCAUGGUCAUCUGCUACUCGGGAAUCCUGAAAACUCUGCUUCGGUGUCGAAACGAGAAGAAGAGGCACAGGGCUGUGAGGCUCAUCUUCACCAUCAUGAUUGUUUAUUUUCUCUUCUGGGCUCCCUACAACAUUGUCCUUCUCCUGAACACCUUCCAGGAAUUCUUUGGCCUGAAUAAUUGCAGUAGCUCUAACAGGUUGGACCAAGCCAUGCAGGUGACAGAGACUCUUGGGAUGACACACUGCUGCAUCAACCCCAUCAUCUAUGCCUUCGUCGGGGAGAAGUUCAGAAACUACCUCUUAGUCUUCUUCCAAAAGCACAUUGCCAAACGCUUCUGCAAAUGCUGUUCCAUUUUCCAGCAAGAGGCUCCCGAGCGAGCAAGUUCAGUUUACACCCGAUCCACUGGGGAGCAGGAAACAUCUGUGGGCUUGUGACCCGGACUCAAGUGUGCCGGUGACCCAGUCAGAGUUGUGCACAUGACUUGGUGUUGAUACACAGCCUGGGCUGGGGGUGGGGUGGGAGAGGUCUUUUUCAAAAGGAAGUUACUGUUACAGAAGGUCUAAGAUUCAUCCAUUUAUUUGGCAUCUGUUUAAAGCAGAUUUGAUCUUUUAAGCCCAUCAAUUAUAGAAAGCCAAAUCAAAAUAUGUUGAUGAAAAAUAGCAACCUUUUUAUCUCUCCUUCACAUGCAUCAAGUUAUUGACAAACUCUCCCUUCUCUCCAAAAGUUCCUUAUAUAUAUUAAAAAGAAAGCCUCAGAGAAUUGCGGAUUCUUGAGUUUAGUGACCUGGACAGAAAUACCAAAAUUAUUUCAGAAAUGUACAACUUUUUACCUUGUACAAGGCAACAUAUAGGUUGUAAAUGUGUUUAAAACAGGUCUUUGUCUUGCUGUGGGGAGAAAAGACAUGGAUAUGAUCAGUUAAGAAAUGACACCUUUCAUGUGUGAUUUCCCCUCCAAGGUAUGCUUAAUAAGUUUCACUGACUUUUAGAACCAGGUGAGAGUCUUGUGGCCUGGGAGAGCUGGGAAAGCCUCUUAAAUAAGAAGGAAUUUGAGUUGGAUCAUCUAUUGCUGGCAGAGACAGAAGCCUCACUGCAAGCACUGCAUGGGCAAGCUUGGAUGUAGAAGGAGACAGAGCUGGUUGGGAAGACCUGGGGAAGAAGGACAAGGCUAGAUCGUGAAGAACCUUGAUGGCGUUGCUCCAUCUAAGUCAUGAGCUGAGCAGGGAGAUCCUGGUUGGUGUUGCAGAAGAUUUAUUCUGUGGCCAAAGGAGGGUGAGGAAGGAUGAGCAUUUAGGGCAAGGAGACCAGCAACAGCCUUCAGGUCAGGGUGAGGAUGGCCUCCACUAAGCUCAAGGCUUGAGGAUGGGAAGGAGGGAGGUAUUCAUGCAGCAUAUGAGGAUAUGGAGUCAGCAGAACUGGGGUGGAUUUGGGUUGAAGCUGAGGGGCAGAGAAGAUUCAGGGAGAAGCCCUAGCCAAGAAGCCCUAGCCUUCAAGCAGAUUGGAGAAGCCCUUGAAAAGACAUCAAGCACAGAAGGAGGAGGAGGAGGUUUAGGUCAAGAAGAAGAGGGAUUGGUGUAAAAGGAUGGUUCUGGUUUGCAGAGUUUGAACAUAGUCUCACCCAGACUCCAGGCUGUCUUUCACUGAAUGCUUCUGACUUCAGAGAGUUCCUUCCCAUCCCAGCUCAAAUACCGAGGGGUCUCCAGGAGGAGACUAGAUUUAUGAAUACAUGAGGUGUGAGGACUAGGAACAUACUUCAGCUCACACAUGAGAUCUAGGUGAGGAUUGAUUACCUAGUAGUCAUUUCAUGGGUUGUUGGGAGGAUUCUAUGAGGCAACCACAGGCAGUGUUUAGCACAUACUACACAUUCAACAAGCAUCAAACUCUUAGUUACUCAUUCAGGGAUAGCAUUGAGCAAAGCAUUGAGCAAAGAGGUCCCAUAGAGGUGAGGGAAGCCUGAAAAACUAAGAUGCUGCCUGCCCAGUGCACACCAGUGUAGGUAUCAUUUUCUGCAUUUAACCAUCAAUAGGCAAAGGGGGGAAGGGACAUAUUCAUUUGGAAACAAGCUGCCUUGAGCCUUAAAACUCACAAAAAGUACAAUUUACCAGCCUCUGUAUUGCAGGCUGAAGGGGUUGGGGGCGGGGCCCUUAGGUACUCAUUCCAGAUGCCUUCUCCAGACAAACCAGAAGCAACAGAAGAAACCUCUCUCUCUCCCUUGGAAAUGAAUACACCCCUUAGUGUUUUGGUAUAUUCAUUUCAAACCCUUAGGUACUCAUUCCAGAUGCCUUCUCCAGACAAACCAGAAGCAACAGAAGAACCUCUCUCUCUCCCUUGGAAAUGAAUACACCCCUUAGUGUUUUGAUAUAUUCAUUUCAAAGGGAAAGAGGUUGUUUUCUGUUGCUUCUUUUAUGAUUGUGCACAUACUUGAGAUUGUUUUGAAUUUCGGGGAUGGUUAAAACCAUUAUAGUAUAUAGAUAAGGUGAGGGAAUAGGAAGUGGUGAGAACCACUCAGGGAAUGAAGGUGUCAGAAUAAUAAGAGGCGCUACUGACUUUCUCAGCCUCUGAAUAUGAACAGUCAGCAUUGUGGCUGUCAGCAGGAAGCAAUGAAGGGAAAUGUCUUUCCUUUUGCUCUUAAGUUGUGGAAAGUGUAAGAGUAGUAGAGGACCCUACCCUCUGGGCCAAGUCAAAGACAUUCUGACAUCUUAGUAUUUGCAUAUUCUUGUGUAUAUGAAAGUUACAAGUUGCUUGAAAGAAAAUAUGCAUCUAAUAAAAAAACCUUCUAA